CCCAGUGCAUGCGGAUAUUACAACUGGGCUUCUUGGUACAAUAGAAAUCAAUCAAGAGGGUGUCGUCCAGCCUGCAGGGGGAGCGGGCCGGGCAAUGGUGAGGGAAUCCGUGACCGCAGGAGUGGAGAGGGCUAGUGCUUCAUCAAGAUGGGUGGUGGACAUGGAGAAGCUGCUCGAGGACACAAGCCCAUCGGUGGAGAUGGCGCGGUGGAAUCAGCGCUACAUCUAUCGGGUGCCGGAGUGUAAAAAGAAGGUGACCAAUAGAGAUGCCUACCAGCCGCAGUUCGUAUCGCUGGGCCCCUUGCACCACGGCGAGCCCCAUCUCCUGUCCAUGGAGGAGCACAAGAGGCGGGCUGUGCUGCACAUGGUCAACUGGACCGGGAAGCCUCUAACGGAGUUCGUCGCAGCAAUCGAGCAAGUGGCCGAUGAGCUCGAGGCCGCCUACGAUGGCCUUGAUGAUAGGUGGCGUGGAGUGAAUAGGGGAAGCUUCGUGCAGAUGAUGGUCAUGGAUGGAUGCUUCCUGAUCGAGCUGAUAAAGAUUGAUCAAAGUCCAGAGUACAAGAAUACUGAUUACGCGGACAACGACCCCGUCUUCAGCAGGAGCAGCUUUAUUGAUUUGUGGCCAAUAAUGCGGAACGACAUGAUCGCGAUGGAAAACCAAAUACCUCUAGUCGUUCUGCAGAGGAUCUUAUUUGUUGCAUUUGAAGGCACAACUCCUCCGAGAGCUGGAGAGAUCAACAAUAUGGUCCGAAGUCUCCUGGACGUCCCAUUCUUUGAGGAAGACGUGGAGAAACUAGGCCUCCACUUCCUGGACAUUUAUCACAAACAGUACUGUGGCACCACUCCACAUUGGGAAGGAUCGGACAAAUACGAGCCUCGCACUCCCAGUGCAGUUGAGCUGAGUGAGGCAGGGAUCCAGUUCGAAAAAACAAACACGGAAAACAUCCACGACGUUGACUUCGUAAAUGGCGUGCUGAGAAUGCCGCUGUUAAAGUUCCAUGAUCAUACGGAGGCGAAGCUCCUCAACCUGAUGGCAUUUGAGUGGCUACAUCCUGACGCCAAACGCGAUGUGGGCUCCUACAUAGCCUUCGUGGACGAUCUUACCAAGUCAGAAAGAGAUGUAGCACUUCUGAGAUCCAAAGGGCUCUUCGUAAACAUGAUAGGCAGCGACAAGGCGGUAGUGGAGAUGUUCAACACUCUCACCAAGUUAGCACGGAUGCCAGAACAAGGCAGCAAGCUACGCCACGUGCAAUGGAAGGUGAAUGCCCACUGCAAGAAGCGCUGGAACAAGUGGCGUGCCAUGCUCAUGAACAACUACCUAAGCAACCCCUGGGUGUUCAUCUCCCUCGUGGCCGCCGUCAUCCUGCUCCUCGCCACCAUCACGCAGACCAUCUACACCGUUGUGCCGUUCUACACCAACAAAGGCUAGCAGGAAUUCUCUGGCAAUGUGUGGCUCUGGUGCUCUACAUAUAUAUAUCUCCGUACAUGUGGACAACUAUUAUUGUUUUCUCUCCAUGAUUAUUUUAUAUAUUGUGGCUUUCUAUAUAUGGUAGUUUUACGUGCCUUUCUAUAUAUGGGUUGUACGUGUGGACCAUUAUUAUUUCGCUCCAUUAACGUUGUGGUAUCAUUUAUUUGGAGAGAAAUUGUGUGUUAGUGUGAGUUUUGGCUCUGCA